CCAAAAUCGGAACAAUGGAUCAGAGGAAAUAAAGGUCUUCACUCCUUUCAAACGGUUGGAUUCCUUGAAGCCACUGGCAGUGAAAGUGUCCUGGACAGUGUAUCUCGAUAUUAUACUACUCCCACUCCCUGCUCGACCUUUGCAUAAACACAUCUGCGUUUUGGCUGAAGUCUCUUGAGGGAAAUGCAGGGAAGUACAAAUUUCCGGCUGUUUUCUUGGCAAAUAUUUGUGCAUUUUAUAAAUCUGUGCUCGUCCAAAGUUCCUUGUUUGUGUCUUGGUGCUUUCACAACUGUGAGACGCAACUAUUAGGGGCAGUUUUGGUGCAGUUGUGGGGUGGGGGUGGAGUAGCAAUCUCUGCUGACGUUGGCCUCUUAGACUGCUCUUCACAACCAGGGGAAUGUAAUUGUGUUUCCAAAUGAAGUCUGCAAAAGAAGUUAACUGGGAGCCUUCAUCCUGUGCGCGUACUUAGCCAAGCAUAAAUGCGAGGAGCUGAAUAUUUGUAUCACCAUUGCUCGGCUUCUUUGUGGAAAGGUUCAAAUCAGGCGAAACUCCUGCAUGGAAGAGGGAAUGCAAAGGAUAAUCAAAACCAAGGCACUGACCACUGGGAAUGGAAAGUUUACGGAUGGUCUGGCUGAUGUUUCUUUGUUUGACCUGUUCUGCUAACUCUUUCUGUCCUGAGCAAUGUGACUGUCAGCAUCAGCAUCUCCUCUGUGCAAACCGAGGUCUCCGGACUGUGCCAGAAGCCCGCCAAAAUGCCAUGGACAUCUUGACUUACAGCCUAGGGGGCAAUUUUAUCAGCAAUAUCUCAGACUUCGAUUUCACUAGAUUUACCAGGUUACUUCGAUUGGACUUACAAUUCAAUAAGAUUGAACACAUUCAUCCAAAAACAUUUGAGAAACUUUCGAGACUGGAGGAGCUGUACUUGGGUAAUAACAUCAUCUCAAACAUUCCUGCUAAUGCUUUCAAUUAUCUCCGGAGACUGAGGCUCUUAAAUAUGAAUAACAAUAGUUUGAAGAAGCUGAAUCAAAAUGUCUUUUCACACCUAGAUAACUUGGUUAAGUUAAGACUUGAUGGAAACUCUUUGGAGAUCCUGCAAGAUGCAAUUUUCAAACACUUGGGUAAUCUCCUUUACUUGCAGUUAGAAUCAAACAAGAUCCAUGCUAUCAGUGGGAGCACCUUUAUAAAUUUAAGGAAGCUCAUAUUUUUAAACCUUGCCAAGAAUAACCAGACAUCCAUACACAACAGUGCUGUGUUUGCACACCUCGGGUCAUUGACAACUUUGAUCCUCGAUGAAAAUAAUCUCAAAUAUAUUGGAAACCGAGUUUUCCAAAUGCUGCAGAAACUCUCCAGACUGUCUCUCAGUAAGAACAAGAUUUCUUACAUUGGUUCCGAAGCUUUUGGAGGCCUUUACGGGUUGAAGGAGUUGCUUAUUGAUGAUAACUUACUGAGAGAAAUCCCAUAUAAACUACUGGAUCCUUUGGUAAAGUUGGAACAAUUAGAUCUCAGUCAGAACCAGAUCACCAGUGUCCACCCACAUGCAUUUAAACAGCUGACGGCUCUCAAGGUGUUGAAGUUGAAAAACAAUCGUUUGACCUACUUAUCUGGAGACACCUUUGCGUUUACCAACUCCCUGUACAGCCUUGAUCUGAGCAACAAUAAUUGGACGUGCAACUGCAGGCUGAAAGGCUUCAAGCGAUGGAUGAGCUUGGCACACGCCCAGGGAAGGCUGCUAACUGUAUUUGUCCUGUGUAAUAACCCCAUUGGUUUGAACGGGAAGUAUCUGGAUUACUUGACGGACUCUGAGAUGUGUUAUUCUCAUAAAGCUCAGUCGUUGUUAAACUUUUCCAAAGGCUCUGUAGUUGAUGUUCAAUCAGACCAAGAGCGCAUCCUGGAAGUAGAGAACAUGUACACUGAUGGACAUUUAGACCAGCAACAGAAACCAUCCUCUUCACCUGUUCCAGUCACCAGCCUAUCGCCCAGAAGUAAGCAUCUUGUUCUCCAAUCUUCAUCGACUAAGUCAGUUACAGUCAGCCCAAGUCAAUGGGAAGCCUUAGAGUCUCUGAUCACAGCCCGGGAGACCUUGGAUGUUUUAACACCUUCCACCACUUUUCCAAUUUCAUCGAAAUCUGAGCGAUAUUAUCUCCUAAAGUCCAAGGAUAAAUUGGUGCAAAAACCGCUGAUAACAGACCCUUGUGAAUUCAAUAAGCUCUACAUUACCAACCUAACAGUGGAAGAGGUGACCUCAACCACUGCCACCAUCAGAUGGAAGGUGGCACAUCCAGGCUUCAGGAAUACUGUGCAUUUCCGGGUGCUCUUUGACAGGUUCGGCCAGUCGGUGACGUUUCAUCGCUUCAUAUAUGUCAAGGAUAAGUCGGAGUGGGUCACUCUGAGGGAGCUACGGGAGGAGACUCCUUACAUCGUGUGCCUGGAAAGUGUCAUCGCUGAGCACGUGUGUCAAGUGGCAUCCCGUGACCAUUGCCUGGGCGUCCUUACCUUGCCACCAAAGACAGGCCCUUUGGAUAUGCAGCAUUUCAUUUUGAUUUUAUCAGGCACCAAUGCUUUCUUGGUGCUCCUGGGACUCAUCAUCUGGGCGUCCAAGGCUCUAAGGAAGCUGCGACGGAAAAGAGCACCAGUCAAUGUGCGGCGGAUGUACUCCACACGACGUCCACUGCGCUCCAUGGGCUCUGGUGUCUCAGCAGGAGAUUGCGGAGGCUUCCAGUCCAACAGAUCGCGAUCAGUCAUGUAUCAACUCAAUGAGGCAGAUCUGAUGGACUUUCAGUCAGAUCGACUCAUGGACAUUAACUUGAGGAGGGAAGAUAUUGGGCAACGGUAUGGCGAUUAGUGCUGAUCAUUAAUCAAGUCAUUACUCCACGAUGGUAAAACAAACAAAAAUAAACAAUGUGAUGCCCUGUUAUUAGUAUGACCUGUUAAUUCUGACUGGCAACGCAUUAUCUGAAGUUCCUCACCAUGCCAGAUUGCUGCAAGGGUUGCCCACAGCUCGUGGUCUAACCAACUUAAGGUUUCAAUAAGGUUGAAAAAUGUUUUGUCAAUAGAUGAUAACAUUGUUUGACAAUGUCUGUUACUUGCGGGUAAGAGUACAGAAAGAACCUGCCACAAUAAUGUGUUUCCAGUGACUUCAGGACAUCACAAAACAAAUCAUAGCUGAUGAGAAUUUAAAAUGUUAAUGGAAAUAAAGUUGGGAAACAGCAGCCAAUUUGUGUACAAGGUUGCAUUAAUCAACCAGAUUAUUUGUUUUGUAUUGUUGCUUUAGAAACAAAUGCCAAAUACUAAAAUCACUUAAUAUCUAUAACAAAUACCAAAUCACCAAAAUUACUGUUUAUUCCUUUGGAAAGGGAUGCAUGAUACCUCUCUAUUCACCUAAGGAGACGAAUCAGACCUUAGUUUAUUAUCUUAUCCGAAAGGUGGCAUCUUAAAAUGAGCAGAACUCUCUUGAUGUGCACUGGAUUGUGUCCAUAAAUUUAAGUACGAAAAUAUAUUGAUUAGGGUUUUGAACUAUAAAUCUUCUCACUCAAAGAAAGAAAUAUCAAAAGGUGAUACAUCUGGUUCUUUCACAGUAAGAUACCAAACUUAAUUUUGCCUUGUGCCUAAUCCUGUCCAUUAAAUUUAAAAAUAAGACCAUGUGUCUCAUAUUGCAUUCAAUGUUGUUACUGGGAUUAGUCAUUACUUAACUCGGAAGUAGAAAGGACACGUUAAAGCAACAUACAAUAUUCAUCCUUUCAGAGAGAGUUUUUAUGGGGAGCAAAGCAAUAGUUUGAAAAUAGUAAUAGUGUACCUUGAUGUGUGUCUUUCUUUUUUUCUUGUGAUUUUCUAUAAAUUUAGUAAAAUAGUAAGCCGCAAUCUCUCAUGUCAUACCAAUGACUUUGCUAGAUCUGAAAAUGUUUAAAUGAAGGUUUUCAUCUGAUAGACACUAUUACUGCAACACAUUAAAGUACAUUACAAAUGAUUACCAAUUUAAUGCAUUUAUUGAAAUUUCCUACAUGUUAUAUUUGUAUCUAUGUUUCCCUUAACUGUUUUCUAAAUCUCUGUCACAGUUCAAAGUACCAACAUUAUGACAGGAGGGAAAAUAAAUAGUUUUGUGCUGUCAUUCUCUGAUGCGGAACUAAACAAUUAUCUUUGAUUUCAUAGAUUUAUUUUACCAAGUAGCAACUAAACUGAGUGACCUUCAGUUCUUUUAUAUGUAGCCAGUAGAGUUCAUGCAUUUGGAGAUUCAGACAGCUCAACUAACCACUUCACACAGCAGAGUUGAAGGCCAUUCACCCCAUCAUGACUGUUUCAAGUUCCUUGAAAUAGCUUUUUAAUAGUUGGCAGUUGUAAUUGACAUUCUUUCAGGUGGUACAUUUCAAGUCACUCAAAUCAGCAGCAUUAAAAUAAAGUCUCACCAAUUUUCCUAUGUCAUUUGGCAAACAACCAGAUAGCACUAAAGAUAGACACAAAAAGCCAGAGUAAUUCUGCGGGCCAGGCAGCAUCGCUGGAGAAAACAAAUGGGUUACGUUUCGGGUUAGGCCCUAUUUCAGACUCGGAUACUACUGAUUGAUGAUGAUCAGUUCUUCUGCCGCAAGAAACAGAGCGCUCUACCCAAAUGUUGAUAGCAUUGAGCACAGUAUGAAAUCAUCCCAUAGCUUUCUGUACUUCAAGGGGAGCAAGGCUCCCCUGAAGACCAUAUUCCAAAAAAAUACUCUCUGCAUACCACCUGAGGCCAGUUUAAAAUAAGGUGCCCUGUAUUGGAUACAAUAUUCCAGUUACCUCCUGGAGGAUUGCUUGCUCCGUUCUUCCCAUUUAUAAAGUCCAAUGUUCAAUAUUUCCCAGCUUGGAUACAGCAGCAUGUAUUGUAUAGUCCUACAGGUGAUUUGAGAUAUGGUUUAUCAUCUAAAGUAUGUAUAGCAGCAUCAGAGUACUUGUUCAUUUGCUAUUGUAAGUCUGUGCAAUCUUUAACUUGAGAAGGAUGUGUACCACUGUUUACUCAGAAUUUCACAGGUAGAUCAGAAAUUGCAAACCAUUUAACAGAUCUGCUGCAUAUUUAUCUGUUAACAAGUAGAAUUUCAUAUAUUUUAUAAAUAGAAUUUAUACAUUUUAGUACAUUCAAACAUCACAAGAUGAGACAGAGGAUGAUCUGAUUUUUGUUAGUCGUCACCGAGAAUGUUGUUUUGAAUCAUUUCAUUCAAUUUAGUUAGCAUUUGGGCGGCGAUUUCUGAAGAUCCAUCAUUUAAUUAGUUGCUAAAUGUCAGCAGAAUUUUAUUUUUCAGUUUAUUAUGCUGGAUUUCAAAAAAAUGCACUUAGUUCAAAGCAGUUGGUUAGAGUGAGCGAUUACGGAAAUACAAUUUUGGAAAUUAGCAUCGAUAAUUUUUACUUACUCAAAUCGGCUCAUCUUGAAAGCAUCAUAACAGGCAAUAAAUUGUUUUUGUCCAUGUACUUAAAUAGCUUUUCAGCAGUGAAAAUGAUCUUCAGGCAAACAAAUUAAGUUCAGUCUAGUCAGGUAAAGACUAUAUUAAUAAAACAGUGCGGAAAUGGCAGAUUCAAGGAAUAAUAAAAGUUUUUAUCUUCUGUUUAAAUGUCUGUUAACGUUUAUUUUUAUUAAAGAUUAAAAAGAGGCUGCUAGGCAAACAUGCAGAUAUUUACAGUAAAUUUAUUUUUGUCAUAAUUAUUUUCAAGUUUGUUAUAAUGCGCCACAUUUAGCAGCUGAUGCACCAACACAUAGGAUAUUAGACACAUUUUAUAUUUAUGGAGUGUUCCUACAUGUGUUUCAAUUGCUACACCUCUCCUUAGCUCUGCACCAUCUUCCUGUCCUAUUACCACACUCAUCACCACCAUACAUUACCAAAAUUCUCCAUCACUUGUGAAAUCCUCUGUCAUUAUUUUUUGCUUAUUCAGUUACCCAGAUCAUCAAAGACCUGCCACAUUUUGCUAAAAUUCUCAGCCUCUCCAUCUCUUCUCCUCAUGAUUAUUUCAAAAAUCAAUCUUCGAACAGGAUUCUAGUUCAUCCGCUGAAUAAUUUCUUCUUCAUCAGUGUCUUGUUUAGUUAUGCCUCUGUGAACAACUUCAAACAUUGGAGGUGAUGAGAAAAUUACAAUUUCUUGUUGAAAUGCAGCUAGAUUGUUACCAUUUUCCAAGCACAACCUUUUGUUCAGUGAAUUUGUCUGGAUCUGCAAAUAAUCCUUUCUGUUGGCAAUGUGUUAUUUUCAUGAGCUUGCAUUUUUCAAAUAUCAAAUGCAAUAGCAAUAAAUUUGAGCCUUCUUAUCCAUUUAAUCUCUUCAGGAAAUUUCAACAAGGAUGCUUUAUGGUAUAUUACAUCUGUGUUUUGAAAUCUGCACUUUUCCAACUGAACAUCUGUUGAAUAUUAGUUAAAGGAUGCAAGAGAUUACAAAAAAAUCAUAACUGCCUAUCAACUCAAACAGGAAGACUUUGAAUCAAACAAAUAAUUAGUUGUGAGGAAGUAAAUGAAUAACAUCAGAAACCUCAAGUUAUGUGCCCAACUAUAUUCUUCAGCAAUCCUUGUUGAUAAACAUAAAAAGCUGGAAGUAUGGCCAAGUUUGGGGGAAUUGAAAUUAAACUCUGUAGAAAAUAGCAAAAGUAUAACAUGAAAGUAUUUCAAUAAAGUUGCACCACUUGCAAAAACUGAUCACAGCAGUGCAAUCUGAAGUAGAAACUGCCACUAAUGUAUCCCAUCUCAGCAUAAUAACACAUAGAACUCUAACUAAGCUUCAGAUAAUUUCCCCCAUCCAUUACACAAGGAUUUUCCUUCUUCAGUCUGCUUGAGCUAGUCACUGGAUAAAUAGUGAUUCAUUGAGCCAUCUAUCCUCAUGAAAUUAACUAAUGCACCAAAAUUUAA